AUGGGCAUUCGAGAUCUGCCAUCCGGCGUUAUCACUCGGGCGCAAUCGCUUCUCAACAUGGUCAUCAAGCCCGAGACGCGCCAGCAAUUCUAUACCAACAUCACGACCUUCGCCCACGAGCAACCCAUCCUCGCAGCCUUCCUCAGCAUCCAAUUCCUCCUCUCCCUGACGCCGCUCCUCCUCUUCUUCUCCUUCGUCGCGGGCACGCUCGCGCUCUCCCUCAUCACCGCUCUCCUCUUCUCCCUCUUCUGGACCGGCAUCGCGCUGCUCCUCCUCAUCCCGACCCUCUUCGUAACCGUGUCUCUCGGCAUCGCGCUCUGGGUGUGGGCCGUGAGUAGCUUUUUGAUCGCUAGAUGGGUGUAUAAUGUUUUCCCUGUGAGCGUGAGAGGGAACACGGAGGUCGGGCUGCCGAGUGGGAAGAAGGCGGUGGUUACGAAGGGUGGGGAGGGGCUGGCGGGUGUGAAGAGUGAGGUGAAGGGGGGAAAUUAG